GGAAGGUGUAAUUUCUGAAUCAAAUGAAAAAGUACAUACAGUGCCAUUUAGGAAAAAACAAUUAAAAGGGUCAAAUUGUAAAUUUAAACGAACUGUGUGAAACAAAAAGAAAGUGUAGCGCCUUUUUGGAAAGGAAAAAGAUUAUGGAACCCAAAAGUGUAAAAUCGUAAGAGUGAUUACGUGAGAAAUGUACCACCGACAUCUGAACCGGGGGGACUCAUCAAAACGUGGUCGUUUUAUUGUAGUUUCUCCGCGUUUGGUACAUCAACACUUGUAGCUGUGUAUCUUUCUAAUUCUUCCUUUCUUUCGCUGACAGUGCUUGCUCACACACUAAUCGCAAUUGUUGCUGCAUUGCCGACUCUGAUUCGUUCGAUUUCAGCAUUUUGUUCUUCCGAAGCGAUGCCUCGUCGAUCCGGAGAUUGCAUGAGAUGUCUGGUGAUUUUCGCGGUUGUAUCAGCUUUAGUUGUGUGUGGACCUGCUCUUUAUUGGAAAUUCAACAAGGGUUUCGUUGGAUCCACACGUGCCAACUCUCUUUGUCCUCCUUGCGUUUGUGAUUGUCCUCCUCCUUUGUCUCUUCUCCAGAUUGCUCCUGGGCUCGCAAAUCUCUCUAUUACAGAUUGUGGAAGCGACGAUCCAGAGCUUAAACAAGAGAUGGAGAAGCAAUUUGUGGACCUUCUGACUGAGGAGCUGAAGCUGCAAGAAGCAGUUGCAGAUGAGCAUAGCCGUCAUAUGAAUGUUACCCUUGCAGAAGCUAAAAGGGUUGCAUCUCAGUAUCAAAAGGAGGCUGAGAAGUGCAAUGCCGCCACUGAGAUUUGUGAAUCAGCUAGAGAGAGAGCUGAAGCUUUGUUGAUCAAGGAGAGGAAGAUUACUUCUUUGUGGGAGAAGAGAGCUCGGCAAUCAGGUUGGGAAGGUGAGUAAACUGAUUGCACUUCUCAGUCUACCUUAAAGUGUUUCUCUCUGAGAAAUCGAAUUGUCACAGCUCUAAAAGGAAAUUGUUUAGUUGUCAAGGCAAAGUCCUAUCUUCCACGUUUCUCUAUAUACAGUAUGUAGUUUUUUGUUUUGCCCUUGAUCGGAAUGUAGCUAAAGAAAGGCCUUGUAUCAACUUUUAUUCAUAUAUAAUUGUCCAUUUCUUUACUAUGAAGCUUCACUUCCUUCUCUUGUUAGAUAAGAAGUCGUCAUGUAUUUUAUGGUUCAUGUUCAUUGAAAUCCCCAAACCAUCAUAUUCUCAAUAACCAAGAGCUGAAA